AUUAGUGGGGAUAGAUUCAAUGGCAACAGGUUUGGUUUUGGGGUUUUUCAUGUAACGAAAUUGCCUUAAAUAAAUACAAGACCUGGAAUAACACCUUUUUAUAGACAUCGAGUAAUUUUCUUUGUCCCUUCAGAAUUACAAAGUAGAAUUUGGAAUAAUGUACUUUAAUAGUGUAGGUGAAGAAUGGGAGAUAGAUGGUUAGGAGUGAAUAUUCUCAUAUUUUGAAUUUGAUAAGGUAAAGCUUUUGGGUGAGAGUGUUAAUGAGAGGCAUCUGCAAUUAGAGACCGCACUGCAGAGAGAUAGCAGAAUGCAGAGACAGGCAGAUCAGGACAAAUGUAUCAGGAAGCCCUAUUCUGAUGCAAAUUUUAAUAUUUUUUGCUUUCCUACUUCACUGAUUUAGACAUAGAUCAUUUAAAUACAUACUGAAUUUAAUCACAAACUUUUUUUUCACAGACACAUAAGAGUUGAUUCUUCCAGAAAAAUGAGAAAUCACACAAUGGUGACUGAAUUCAUCCUGCUGGGAAUCCCUGAGACAAAGGGACUAGAGACAGUUCUUUUUUUCCUGUUCUCAUCAUUAUAUUUAUGUACCCUCUUGGGAAAUGUGCUCAUCCUUACAGCUAUCCUCUCUUCCUCUCGGCUUCACACUCCCAUGUAUUUUUUCUUGGGAAAUCUCUCCAUGUUUGACCUGGGUUUCUCCUCAACCACUAUUCCCAAGAUGCUGUUAUACCUCUCAGGGCAGAGCCAGGCUAUCUCUUUUCAGGGCUGUGCAUCCCAGCUCUUCUUCUACCACUUCUUAGGGUCCAUUGAGUGUUUCCUAUACACUGUGAUGGCCUAUGAUCGCUUUGUGGCCAUAUGUCACCCUUUGAGAUACAAGGUCAUCAUGAACCACAGAGUCUGCUCUGUCUUGACCUCAGGGACCUGGAUGGGUGGUUGUGUCCAUGCUAUCAUCCUAACCUCCCUCACCUUCCAGUUACCCUACUGUGGCUCUAAUGAGGUGGGCUACUACUUCUGUGACAUCCCUGCAGUCUUAACACUAGCCUGUGGAGAUACAUCUUUAGCCCAGAGGGUAGGUUUUACAAAUGUUGGUCUUCUGUCUCUCAUUUGCCUUUUUCUCAUCUUUGUCUCCUAUAUUCACACUGGGAUUUCCAUAUCAAAAAUCCGCUCAGCAGAGGGCAGGCAGCGAGCAUUCUCCACCUGCAGUGCCCACAUCACUGCCAUCCUUUGUGCUUAUGGGCCAGUCAUCAUCAUCUAUCUACAGCCCAACCCCAGUCCUGUGCUUGGCGCUACAAUUCAGAUACUGAAUAAUCUUGUAACCCCCAUGUUGAAUCCACUGAUCUAUAGCCUGAGAAAUAAGGAUGUAAAAUCAGCCCUGAGGAAUAUAUUUUCCAAGAGAAGCUUUACCCUGGAGAAUACAUAAGAAAAUCUUAAUUCUUACUGGACAAAGUUUGAUUUUCAAUUUCUGAGGACGAAUUCUCAUCUGGAGAACCCAAGACAUGUUGAAAUAAAAUGUGCCCUGAAUCAGCCUAGCAGUUAUGUUUGUUUACUUUUGAAGUGUAUAUCUUUUUUUAUAUUAUCUUGUAUUUUGUCAUGAAAUAUAUUUCACAGAGUCACUAAGCAGACAUUGAAUUCAUUUUUGUGUAUGGAUUCUCUUCCAACAUCACCAUUCACCAGACAUAUACCUUAGUUCUUUCGAUCUAAGAAAAGCUUAAGAGAGUGCAUUUGUUUUCUCUAAGACUCUGUUAAAAGCAUGUUUGUGUGUAUCUAGAGGGCAGAGAGAAUGGAAAGAGCCAAAUAAAAUUCAAGAAAGCCUAGCUUAAUACAGAAUAUCAGAAUUCUAGGCCCUGUCUUUUGGAGAGUAUAAUCUCCUAUCUUCUGUCAAUUAAUAUCCAAAUUCAGACU